UUGUGCGGUGUCUGUGGCAAUGUUUCCAGCAGACGGGAUGGCUUACACGGGCACGCCAAAGAACGCACGGAUGACACAGCCCACAUUUGCAAAGCUUGUGAUCAAUCCUCUGUGAAGAUGUCUAAGAUUGUAGAACAUUGCCGCAACCGUACUGCCAAGAAACACAAAUGCGAAACCUGUGGUAAAUCCUUCCGGCAGUCUCAUCAUCUAGAUAACCAUAAGCGCACGCACACAGACGAACGACCCUACAAAUGCAAAAUCUGUGGUAAAUCGUUCCGGCAGUCUAAUCAUCUAGAUAACCAUAAGCGCACGCACACAGACGAAAGACCCUACAAAUGCAAUAUCUGUGAUAAAUCCUUCCGGCAGUCUACUCAUCUAGAUGGCCAUAAGCGCACGCACACAGACGAAAGACCCUACAAAUGCAAAAUCUGUGAUAAAUCGUUCCGGCAGUCUAAUCAUCUAGAUAUUCAUAAGCGCACGCACACAGACGAAAGACCCUACAAAUGCAAUAUUUGUGAUAAAUCCUUCCGGCAGUCUCAUCAUCUAGAUGACCAUAAGCGCACGCAUGCCGACAAGAGAAAUUACAAAUGCGAAAUAUGUGAUAAAUCAUUCAAAAACAAAGAUAGUUUCACGAGACAUGUAGACUCGCAAUGUGGAAACAAUGCUUUCGUUUGCGAAAUCUGCGAUCAAUCCUUUCAUAACAAUUCAAAUCUCCUUCGUCACCGCCGAACAAAGCACGUGGAUAAAACACCGUAUGAGUGUACGCAGUGCGGAUGUCGAUUUGCUGACCAAGUAGCACGCGAUAUGCAUGUGUGCCAGAAGGAAUGCAUGAUGUGAACCAUGCCGUCAGGUUUUUCGAAAUUGUGCGACAAAACCUCGUCGACAGAAGUAUUUGGGGUGCUUCAAUGUCGAAAAAUACUGCACGUCCUGGUCAGCGCUCACUGUUCCAUGAACUAUGUAGUUCGUGAACGUCGCUUUAUCAAACUGAUUUCAAGACAAACCCUAAUGGCCGGCAAGAUUGAGCUUUUUGUAACUACAGGGAUGCAAUGUCCACAAAGGAUCCUUGACCCCCAUUUGGUUAGAUUAACUUCUUGUGCAUGUUUUUCGACAGUGUACAGGCGAAGAAGCUUUAAUUACCCAUAUUCGUAGUGAUUUUGCAGUGUAAACGGAAUGGAAUAUUUUUCUUUAGGAAGCAUUUAAGAAAGGAGGUACUGUAUUCUAUUCAACUAAAAAGUGAUUCCUGCCAUUAAUCGAGGUCCAAAGGUGAAGUUGCGUUUGAGAGAAAGCACUUGCAGAUGCUUUUACGACAAUGCAUAACUGCAUCGUUCGCGUAUGAAAACCAUUUGCUUGAAAGUUUGUUCAAUGCACUGACUGUUCUUCAGUGUGCGUACUCAUACCGCAAAUGUUUGUUCUAUACCAUAAGAUGAGCUGAUGACGGCAGUGAGACGGUAAUAAUUUCAACUAAUUUGGCACUUCGCUAUACGACAUGGUCUCUAACUAGGAAACAUUUUAGUUAUGUUUUAUUGUGGUGGCACUUCUGAAGUUUAAUGGACAGUUUUUUAUUCACUCGGAUGUCGUCUGUUUGGACUCGGUCUGCUCUUUAGUUGCAGCUGUAAAAUCUUUUUAGCUUGACAUGACAAGUUUUAUUGCGAAAACGACAAUAAAGGUCUGACAUGACACAUAAGUUUUAAUAUAUGUUCACACGCUUGCUUGUAUAUAUUUUUCCUGUGAACGU